ACUGCACGCGUUAUAUCCAGAGCCAUAACUUAUGCUAUAGAUAAGGAAGAACAUCUUGAACGCAUUCAUCAAAUUAUGAGUAUCCGUUCAGCUUCUAGCUAGUGUAAAAAUGCUCAACGACUGGAAAGAUAACCUUAGAAUAUUCUACGCAAACUUGACGUGGUUUUACGUGGCGAGUAUAAUGAUUUCGUGCCUUGCCAUUGCCCUGGUAUCGUGGGGAAAUUCCCUCUUCAAAAUAAAUCGGGACAUUCAUGAAGAUGAUACGGACGACCGGGAACUAUCAACAGAGUCAACUGAACACAGCUUCCAAACGCAGUAUAAGUUAGCUAGACAAAAAUUAACAGAACAACCUCUGACGCCGGAGCAACGUUCCAAAGAAAGAGAGGCAGAGACACAACAGUUGACAGCUAUCUUAAAGCUUCUGCAACAGCAAAGCGACACCUUCCAGGUCUCUUCAAUGCAUCAACUAGAAGACCAGCUUAAACUUUACAGAAAGUAGUCUGGAACAAUUAAGGGGCCAGGCAUGUGCUGUUCAAUUUUUGUACAAUAAUAUCUUAUAUUCAGGUAAUGAAGUGUACAGAUUUUAAAUUUUUUUCCGGUGUGAAUGAAGAUCCAAUGAUAUGACUAAUGACUCGGAAACCUUUUGAAUUAUACAUCCAUAAUUUCAUGGGUCUUUUUCAUACAAUGUACAGAUUUUUCAAAAGCAAAACCAUAUCCUUGUACUAUUGCUAUUGUAAUUUAAUGUUAUAUUGUAACUAAAUCUAUAUUUAUAUACAUGGUUGUGAUUUAUGGUUAUGGAUUAAUAGGAUAAAUAUGUAUGACAUGUAAUAUAAUCAUCGUGAUCGAUUGUGACUGAGUAAUGUUCAAUAAAUUUCAAAGCGUGUUAAAGAA